CUUUACCUGAGCGGAGCGGCGCGUGCUUACUUACCGCGAGGAUUUGUUACAAAUACUGAGGAAAUUAUAAACUUUAUUGUGUGGAUAGAAUUCUGUGUGUGUGUGUGGAACAUCAGACGCGAUGCAGCAGAACGCGGAUCCAGCAGAUGUGUUUGUGAAGCGGCGGCGGACGGCUCUCUGGUGUUCAGUGUCUCUGUUCGGGCUCUCAGUUCUGAUUCUGGUGGUCGGGCUGCUGGCGGCCACGCAGACGGAUAAUGUGGCCGUGUCUGGAUACUAUCCCGGGAUUAUACUGAGUUUUGGAACGUUUUUGGGCGUUGUUGGUCUGAACCUGGUGGAGAAUCGGCGACCGAUGCUGGUGGCGUCCAUCAUCUUCAUCAGUCUGGGAGUCGUGUCGUGUUUCCUCUGCUCCAUCAUCGACGGCAUCAUCGCAGCCGAGUUCAUCGAAAGGAGGCCGCUGAUGGAGGGCCGCUGUGAGUUUUACUCCAGCUCAUCAUCUUACUCCUAUGACAGCUACUACACUGAGGUUCACUGUAAUCAGUGUAAAAUGAAGGUGAAGAGCAACACCUGCUACUGCUGCGACUUAUUCCACUGCGACAGUCUGGACUAUCAUGUGCAGUACUACGAGUUCACGGGCGUCAGCAGCUGCUGGGACGUGGUGAAUCUGUACCGUCUGCUGUGGGCCGGUGUGACGCUCAACGUGCUCGGAGUGUUUCUGGGCAUCAUCAACGCCGCCGUACUGGGAGCCUUCAAAGACCUGGCGCCUACAGCUCACAAUCACAUGACACCCAGUCCGGCUCCACCCCCUCACAUCAUGUACAAUCCCAGCCAACACCUGAUCACCUACGCCGGCUUCUGCCCCUCCGGACAAACUCUACCCGCCUACCCAAACUACCCGCUGCCCAUGCAGCAUCUGAACGGUUACCCAGCUCCAUCCGCAAGUCCGUCCAUCCCCGAGGUCUCGGCCUCCCCGUCUGAUGAGGCUCAACCGGCCGCUCAAAGCGGGACGAACCCAGGCCCACCGACUCAAACCUCGUCUCAGGACACCAGCGGAUACAUGCUGACUCCAAACGCUCCCUCGCUCUACGCUCACUCCUUAGGGCCCUUCGAGAAGCCUCCGCCCUACGCCUGCUGAAACACCUGAACCAGGAACACUGACCUCUGACGGGACGUCUGACCCGUGAAGAUCUGUGUGACCGUCGCCGCUAAUGACCUCUGUAAUCGUCAGUGUUUCUCGUAGCAAAUGUGAUCGAUGUUGUUGUUCUUCAGUAGUUUACCUCUGAACUUUAAUGUUUAACUCCCUGUUCCUGAGGUGGGAUCUUCAUUGUUUGAUUCACCGGAUCACAACACAAACGCUUCCGGCUGAACAAGCUAUUGUGUUGUGAAAUGUGUCCGACUCUAGUCAUAACACAAGAGUACAACACAGUGCUUUAGUCUUCUUCUGCAGGGCAGAUCAACUAGUCAUCAGUUUGAAGAGAAUCUUACUGAGAGUUAGUGUCGUCAUGUUUAUAUCAGAUUCCUGAAUAACACGUAUGGUUUAAUAACAGGUUCCAUUAGUUAACUACAUUAGUUAACAUGAACUAACAAUCAACAGUUGCAUUUUUAUUAACUAAUGUUAAAUGUUAACUCUUUCCCCGGCAUUGACAAGUUUUUCCGGGAAUCCGUGCUUUGACUGUUAUACCUUAGGGGGCGCUAUUACACAUCUUCUGAAAGAGUACAGAAUCUCCAGAUCAAAACACAGGUGAAGCAAGCAGCAGAAACAAGCGACAGUAGCAUUGCUGACGCACAUAAAUAACACGAUCACCAAACGGCAUAUAAAUCAAAACCGUCGGUUACUGAACGAAAUGUCGAACCCAUGAAGAGGAAACGACUGAAGCUUUGAGGUGUUGAUGGACUCGAUCUACUCCAUCUGUGUUUUGAUCAUAUGGACAAAGACUUUGACAAAAACACGAUUUUCUCAGCUUUUUGUUCAAAAUGUUGCUUUUUUAUGAAGCAUAUCCAUAUUCAAGAGAUAAAAAAGAAUGCAUUAAGCUAGAAUAAAACGUUUUUGUUGUUUAAAAGCAGAGGCUCUGUUCUUUCUUUUGAUGAUGUUCAGAUAUUUAUACAACAAAAUAUUCUGGGACCAUGAAAGUUUUGUGAAAAUGAUCAAAAAUGCUGCUUCUGGCUACUUUUGAAAAACUGACUAGAGGGGAAAGAGUUAAUAAAUACUGUAACUAGUUAAUGCAUUGACUAAUGGGACUUUAUUGUAAAGUGUUACCUCAUGUUUUCUAACAAGAUUAAGAAUAUUCUGUUUUCAAUGUAUUUUUUCCUCAUGUCCAAAGGCUAAACUUUAAGAACAUUCAUCAAAGAAUUUUAAAGUUAGGAUAACCACCAAUUUGUCUUAAAUCCCAUGAAUUUAUUUGGUAUUUUCAAAUAAUAAACAUUGCAGCUGCUA